UAUGCAUUAGCCGAUAGGGUUUGUCAGUCAUUGGCACUACCUUUACCAUUCCCUUUUACCCUUUUAUUUUUCUGGUGUGAAUUCAACCACCUAAAAAACCACCUAUUAUAAUCCUCUAUUCCCUAUUCUUCUCUCUUCUCAUUCAUAAUCAUAUUCUCCCUUUUUCCUUCGAAUUUCUCCUUGCAUUUUUAACAAUGCCGAACUCCGGCGACCCCAAUCCCGGCUGCUUUUCCGGCAUGUUGCGGCGGCUUCUUUGCACUGGCAACCUUCCCACUCACCCAUCUGAAGCUCUAAACGAAUCACAGUUUGACAUACCAAAAGCAGAGGCUAAACUUGUGGCUCGAGCGGCCGAGUCCGGGCCGGGCGUGGUGGCUCGGCUGAUGGGCUUGAGUUCGCUUCCAGACGCCAAUUGGGUCCCGAACCAUCGAGCCAGACCAGGUGCGGUCUCGCGGAGUAAGUCCGUGAAUUUCGCUGAUUAUUUGCUCGAUUUCGACUCGAACCAAGCCCACCACCGCCGAAUCCGAACCUCCGCUUCGUUUCGUGAGGUCCCACCAUUGAACCCACACAACCAUUUCUUUGUUCUUUACGCUAAGGAUUAUUUCGACAGCUACGGAAUUGAUUCCAAUUUGAAGAAACCCGAAACGCAGCGUCUUGAGGAAGGGAAACAGAGUAAUGAACAGAGUAGUAAUGAUUUGAAGAAGACGAAGAAGAAGAAGAAGGAAAAUGCGAGGAAUGAUAUCAAGAUUUCGAAGCUUAAAGACGAGCCAAGAAGGGUAAAUAGAAAGAAAUUCACCGAGAGUAAAAAAUGCAGCAUGGGUAAAGAUUCGGUCUCUGUUUUACCUUCGUGUAAAUACAAAUACAAACAGAGUAUCCCCAAAAAUGACGGUGUUGUGACUCGGAAGAAGCCCACAAAGCCAAAGAAAGCCGCCAUUGGAACGGAGCUCGACAAGAAGAAGAAGAAUAACGUUCGUCAUGUCGGGCAGAAACCCGACAUCGAACCCGACCCGGAAAAUUCCAGUCCAGUUUCGGUUCUUGAUGUCGGCAGAAUCGAUUUCUCAGAUGAGAUGCAAAUUGGUGUGAAUAACAGAGAUUACGAUUAUGGUGAAUUGGUGGAAAGGAUAUGCAGAUUGGCAGAGAAAGAUAUAAGAGAUGCAAAAUGGACGGCUAAGAUUAAGAAUGUGGAUGAAUCUGAAGCGUUGGAAGAAUUAUGCAUGGAGAUUGAACGACAUGUUGUCGAUGUAUUGUUGGUUCAUACUCUAGAUGAGUUAGUGUACUUGUUGUAGGCUGUUCUUAAGUUUCAAAUUGCACUGCAAAUUCCUUAAUAAAGACAAAAACAUCUCAAUCUGUA